AGAGCUUUCUAUGGGGAAAAGCGACCUCGUCAUUUCGCGUGUUGUGUAAUCAACGAAACAGACCACGUUCAAUCUGUGUUUUUCUCUCCCUUCAGUUGAAUCUUCUUCUCCGGAUGCUCGGAUGACCCUCCUUUGGAUGUGAAAUCGUUCCCUGAUCACAAUGGCACCCAAAUUCAAGGACGGCGACGUUGUGCUCGCUUUCUCUGGUAAAUGGGUGUCCUGGGCGCAUACAGCUAUCGCGUACGCUGCUUUCCUCAGUGCCCUCAUCGUUGGUGUUUCUCUGCAUUAUCACAAGAUUGUCGAAAACGAAUAUUAUGGAUACCCCGAAGAGUGGUUCCCCUCUGUUUCGGCAACGAUUGGCGAUCGAUACCCUGAACGCUCAUUCUUUAUGAUCUUUAUUGCAAUCACAUCAGGUCCCAGGUUUGCUCUCGUUACACUAUGGUACCUCCUCACGGCACGGCCGAACACGACUCUCCCCAAGUUUGUAUUCUUUAUGGGUAUAUUCCGAACACUUACCUGCGGCGGAUGGACAUAUGUUACCUCGACGGAUGACCACGAUUGGCACGACAUCUUUAUGAUAUCAUAUUUGGUGGCUACAUUACCGUGGACAUUGGGAUGCCUAGCGUUGAGCCCGAACAAUGCUAAAGCUGUCAAAUUUCGAAAAUACUUAGCCUCGGCCUUCUUUGGAACCCUUGUCCCGCUUAUCUAUUUCUUUAUCCAGCACAAAGUCCACAAGGUUCCAGGAGCUUAUACCACUUACGCUUUCUUUGAAUGGGCAUUGAUCUUGUUUGAUGUUGCUUUUGAUGCUGUUACUGCUCUUGAUUUCGAAACUUUCGAAUUGGUAGUCAAGGAUGUAAAAGGAUCGAGUAAGGGACAGAAAAAGAUGGUAUCCGACGCAGUCCUUGAGAAAGAAAAAGAAAAGCAAGCGGGCCAGGUCUUUGGGCAAAAAUUCUCAUGGCCUGAGGCAAUUGACGCCGCAGCUGAUGUUUACAAUGGAUUUGUCUUCUGGUCCAUUUUGACGUCCUUAGGAGUCCUUGUGUGGUACUUUCCACUUUGGCACAUGGGCAUCUCCGGCUACGAAGUGAUGGUUAUGUCAACGGUCUCGCCCUUUUUACUCGGUAUCCCACCCUUAAGAUCGUUGGUUAUCAAGAAUCUACGCGUCUGCCAUUUCCUGUCACUUGCAGGUCUGCUUGCGUACCAAGUCACUGGUCCAGCCAAUCGUCUUUUCACUGUAGGAUUCGCAGUAUGGAUGUCGUGUCUAUCAUGGGCUGCGACUUGGUACUCGGAAGCCGGCCAGCCAGGUCGUCUCGAAUCAAAGAUUUCGGCAUGGACUACCGGACUGAUCGCAUCCAGUGUUGUCAAAUUCGCUUGGCAGACAAGUAACCCUAUCUGGCCAAUAUCACACGCUGCCAAUGGAGGAUGGAAUGGUGUAGGAUUGAUUCUUGCGAUUUUGGCUGUGAUGCGCUCCACUCGCAAAGCCCCAGUUGCUGGAAGCGAGCUCGCAAUCCAAGGCCGCAAAGAAGGGUCUUCAAUCUUGGCUGGAUUUGGCGUGGCUGGCCUGUUUUUCGGCCUCCAUUCGCUCUUGUCGGACUCUAGCACAAUGAUUCUGUGGGUCUGGGAGGGAUAUCCCGUUAGAGGUCCGAUUUCUGCACCACAUGGCGCUUACACAAUUGCUGCUAUGGGUGCUGGUUUGACUCUUGGAUUGUUCAACGAAGAUAUUGCUCGAAGCUGGACAUUCUACGGAGCCGGAUGUGUUGGUGCUGCUAUGUUAACGCUCUAUAGCAAUUGGACCGGUUACUAUGGUGCCUUGAUCUUGACAAUCUAUCUCAUGGCCGCUUCAGUGCCAUUGAUAAGCUCAGCAGCCAGGAAGAGUCCUGCCCAAUCUUUUAGUGUUGGAUUCUUGAUCUACAAUUUCCUGGUUCUCUUCCAUGUCUGGGUCGUCGCUUAUGCAUUCGUACCAGGCGGCCCUCUCGUCCGCGAGCACACUGAUUGGGUUAUGACAACAAUGAUGCUUCUCAUUGGCUGUGGAGUCUUCACGUCCGUAUCCUCAACACCAGCGGCCCAGAAGAAACGGGUGAAUGCUUACCUGAAUUCACGCAAGCAACGGUCCUACUAUCUUUACGUCUUAGGAUUCCUUCAGUUGAUGUCAGUCUCGAUUGCGUACCUCAGGUUCCCUACAUACGACUACGUUCCUUACCAUAAGGAUGAUAAGAUUCUGACUGCCGGUAUCUGGACCAUUCAUUUCUCGCUGGAUAACGACAUGUGGUCUUCAGAAUAUCGCAUGCGAGAUGUGAUCAAAGAACUCGAAAUUGAUGUCAUUGGUCUUCUCGAGUCAGAUCUACAAAGAAUUAUCAUGGGCAAUCGCGACACCACACAGUUCCUUGCUGAAGAUCUCGGCAUGUAUGUUGAUUAUGGACCAGGACCGAAUAAGCACACGUGGGGAUGUGCUUUGUUGUCGAAAUUUCCUAUCGUGAACUCAACGCAUCAUUUGUUACCUUCACCUGUUGGUGAGCUAGCACCAGCUAUUGAAGCGACUCUCGAUGUUUAUGGUGAGAUGGUUGACGUCUUUGUUUUCCAUUCUGGCCAAGAAGAAGACCCGGAAGACAGGAGACUGCAAACAGAAUAUCUGUCCAAACUCAUGGGCGCAUCUCCUAGACCUUCCAUCUUGCUCUCGUACUUAGUCACGAAACCAUUGGAAGGCAACUACAAUACCUACGUUUCCGACAUCAGCGGUAUGCACGAUAUCGACCCUAGUGACUGGGAUCGAUGGUGUGAAUAUAUCCUCUAUAAAGGCUUGAAACGCACAGCAUAUGCUCGUGUCUCUAGGUCAACCAUCACAGAUACCGAGAUUCAAGUCGGAAAGUUCUUGAUUGGCGAGAAAGAGAAUAGCGACGCAGAUGUUCGAAAUGCAAGGAUCAACGAGGAUCAAGUCCCAGAAGGCAUGCGAUUUCCGCAAAUGUUCAGAGGUGAUGGUGUACGAGGCCAUAGAUAUCACGUCUUCGAUGAGCCAAGAUACUAUGCCUAAGUGUAACCUCACCUUUGAUAUACCCAAUUUUUCUUUGUUGUAUAUGGGGCCGGAGCAUAUCCUGGGAAGAAAUGUCAUUACGCCUACUAUAAUGACAACUUGGGGAUGAAUGAGAUGAAGUUUGUAUGAUACGAAAAGGGGAC